AUGGCGAAGCUCCUCAGCUGCGUCCUGGGCCCGCGGCUCUACCGGGUCCACCGGCCCCGCCUGGCCGCCGCGGCCGCGGGGAGCCCGGCGGGGCCGCGGGACACGGAGGGCGCGGGGAGCGAGCGCGGGGAGCCGGCCUGGGACUCGUACUACCAACCGCGGGGGCUGGAGAAGCACACGGACAGCGUGCUGGCGCUGGCCUCGGUGCUCUGGUCUAUCUCGUGCUACGCCUCGCCGCUCGCCGUGCUCUACCUGUACCGGAAAGGCCUGCUGACCAUGUCCCGCGUGGUUCCCCUGUCUCACUGCGCCGCCACCCUGGGGCUGCUGCUGGCGGGCGUGGCCUGCCUGCGAGGGCUGGGCCGCUGGAGCAACCCCCAGUACCGGGAGUUCCUGGCGGCGCUGGAGGAGAGCCACCGCUCCGGGACCCCCGAGAGCAAGCGCAAGCUCGGCCUCUACACCUUCGACUUCCGCAGCUGGCCCGUGGACUUCCGCUGGGACAGCGCCGGCCCCGCCUGGGGCGGGGCCCGGGCGGUGCCGCUGCUCCGCAGCCCCCCCCGGCCCCGGGGGGGCUCCCGGGGGCUCCUGGGGGCGCUCCGGAAGCUUCCGUGCGCCGUCAUCAGGCUGCUCCUGGCGCGCACUCUGGGCCGUCGGAUGCUGUUCCCGGGCUCCGUGCGGCUCCUGCAGCGAGCGCUGCUCCCCGCCCUGCUGCAGGGCCAGGCACGGCUCAUCGAGCAGGUGAUCUGCUGCGAGGGCAACGCCGGGUUCUACGAGGGGGUUCCCCUGCCGCAGAGCGAGGCCAACGCCAUGGACGUGGUGAUUCGCUUCGCGCUGCAGCAGCUGCGCUUCCCCGCCCCCAACAUCGUCCUGUACGCCUGGUCCAUCGGGGGCUUCCCCGGUACGGGGGGCUGGGGGGGGUCCCGGGAUGGUUUGGGGGGUCUUGGGUCGGUUCAGGCGGUCCGUGGAUGGUUUUGGGGGGGUCCCAGGUACCCCAAGCUCCUGGUGGACGAGGGGCUGCAGGCGGUGCGGGAGUGGCUGCAGGCGGCGACCCCCGAGGAGGAGAGCGCGGUUCUCGGCCGCUGUCCCCCCGACGAGGGCUGGUGCCGGGGGCAGCUCGAGGCCUUCGCGGGCGACCGCAGCCCCCCCUUCCCCUGGAGCCUCGGUGAGGAGCUGAGCCCCGCCCAGCGCCGGCAGCUCGCGCUGUACCUGGUGAGUGGGGGGCGGGGCCGGGGGUGGGUGGGUGUGGCCGAGACAGAGUAA